CAUAUUUAAUAAUAAUAAAAUAAAAUAAUUUACUUAUUUUUGUGGUAGCUUUAUACUAAAAUUUAACAAUUUGUAUGAAUAACUUAUCGACAUACACAAAUUUAGAUCACAACUAAAUAAUAGGCGUAUUAAAAUUUCACGUUAAGGGAAUAACAUCUUCGUAUCGCUGGCAGUUGCCUGCGUCUUAUCAUUAAUAGUAUUAUGUUCUAUUAUACUACGUUCCUUUAAAACUUUCAAGAAUAUUGUUUUGAUAUUAAAUGUUCUUGUGUGUGAGAGUUUAAAAAAAGAUCAGAAUGUCUUUAAUAGCUGGUGUAGGAGAUGAAGUGAUACAGUUUAUGAUAACUGUGAUGGUGAUUGUCAUUGCAUCAUUGGCAUGGUGGUCUACAAACUCUCGACCCGAUAGGUACAGGACAGUAUUAUUAAUGAGAUCUCGACUUACUCAUCCUGUAACUGUGAGCAUAAGAACUAGACCUCUGUUACCUGCCCGACCAAGACCACGCACUCAUAUUACACCUUUGGCAUCGGAACCAAUAUCAACCACAUCAACAUCCAACAGUAGUGAUGGAAAUCAUUUGAUUCCCAUACAAGAAAUGGAUAGUAUUGUGGAUGCAGACAUGGCUAUGUUAGACAAUAAUCGGUUACAUUUUUAUAGAGUUGUUGAUGCGACACCAAGUACAUCACAAAUAACACUUGAGACCAAUGUCAUAGAGACUGAAACACAUGAAGAUUUAGAGCCAGCAAGUGAGGCCCAAAUAAGAGAAAUGGAUAGUAUAGUCAGUGCUAUGGAAGCAGAUGUACCGUUGCAACAUGAAAGGAACAUCACAGAAGUUCCUGCUACUAGUACAAUUAAAGAGCCAAUUCCAAAUACAAGUAGUCCUGUGGUGGAAGCUGAGGGCACUUCCUCUGAAAGUGCGGAGGUCGACAAAUCUAACAAGAUCUUGAUAAAGUUAAAAUAUCUCAAUGAAACACUUAAAGAAGUUGAGGGUAGUCUGGAUGAGCUACUUAAGGAUUUUAAAGGACGACACUUCGCCGCGGAGCUUUCGUCUGAGAGUCGAGUGCGUCUAAUAUUCAACGGGCGUGUGUUAGUGGACGAAGCGGCAACUUUACGCGCGUGUGGGUUGCACCAUCAAGCUGUCGUUCAUGCUUUGAUACAUCCAAAACGGAAUGCACCUUCACAGCCGAACCCAACUGAGCCAACAACGCCAGGCCAAACUGUCGUAACGGAGGCUCCGGCUGCAGAACGAAGCUGGGACCUCGAGAAUAUCCUGAUGACAUUAGUCAGCGUAGCGGUUACGGUCGUGUGGUUCUUCAGGUGCGAAUACUCGAACAUGUUCACGGUGAGUGCCAGUGUUGCUUUAUUCGGGCUGACGGUGUUCUACAGUAUUGCCAUAUUCGGACUUUAUCUUUCCGACACAUUCCACUUCGAGCGACGUCCGCAUCAGCUGCCUAAUAACUGAGAUUUUUUUUCAUUCAACGGGUUUGUUUAGCUUUUUAAUUGGGGCAAUUUUACUAUUUUUUAAUUUAUGCUUUUUUAUAAUAAGUUGCUUUGCAUAUGAAAAUGUCUAGUUAAGUACUUGAGAUUUGAAAAAUAAAAUUUUAAUAUUACCAAAUCUAAAACCAAACGUUAACAUUAUUUACUUGUUUUUUAACUUUUCAGUCUAAAAGUAAUUUCGGUACGUUUAAGUUAUAUAUAUACUAUUUUUUAGGUUAUAUGUAUAUUGCAAAAUUAAGAAAUUGUGUUAUAAUAUUGUGACAUUUCAAUGAAAUCUCUGAUAUUUGGCUCUAUUGACUGAUUGAUACUUACAGUCGUACGAAGAGUUUAGUGUAAUUAUCUUUGAUUAUAAUUUAUUUAAAUUAAAAUAGUUUCACAAUCUAGUGCAACUCAUACAUACAAAAUCGAUUGCCUGACUGCAUAACCAAUGUUAAGUAAGAAAUUGGAUUUAGUUUUGUUAAUUUUUUAAGGAACUAUUGGCUUUUUAAUGAACUCUUAGUCAUUGAACAGUCGCAUUCGACUGUUGGACAUUAUAUGGAUCUAAACAAUUAAAGCGAUUGAAGUAUAAUUGUUAUAAGACAAGAGAUUUGGGUAUAACAGCGACAGGAAAACGUAAAGAGAUACAUAUAUUCGGAAUAGAAACGCAGUUGCUACUCAGAAUAUGACUUUAUAAUUGAACCUUAAAUUUAACUCCAUAAGCUAUACCGCUUACCUCGCUACUUAA